UUAAAACUGUUUUUACAGUGUAGAAUUCAAUCCGUUUUGAUAAGAGGGGACAUGCACCAUUGAUUUAAAGUAAAAGUCUAACUGAUCAUUGUACAUAAGGUGUCUGUGUUUUGCAAAAUACAACUGAAAACACCUUCAUUGUGAUAUGUCAUAUUUUAUCUUAUCACUUCGCAAAGUGCUUGUACCUGGACAAAGCCGAUAAUGGGUGUUGUGCCAAGUCAAUUAUAUCCGUUGGAAGGAAUUCAGCUCAUCUUCCUAAUCCAGCCUCUUUUGGUGACUGUCAAGUGUAGUGCCCAUUGGCGAUGCUGGUGAGCCCACAAGCCUUCAGAAAUCCUCCAAUAUGUGCGGGGAUGGGCGGGAGCAGCUCAGCCAGUCCUUCUCUGGAGCAUGAAGUUAAAACUCUUGUGCGCUGUGCAGGCUGAGUAUGUGGAUGCUUCGGACGGAUAGAUGUGCGGGAGUCACAUCCAUCUGACUCCCAUCAUUUCUUGGGAUUUGAUUCUUUUCGAGUGCAACAGCCUGGGUGGGCACUGCAACGGCAGCACAUUGACAGCGUCGCUGUUUUCGGACGCGAAGAUGCUGCUCCGCGGACUUCUCCUGUGCUUUUCAGUAACAGGUUUUGUUUUAGCGCAGCCCAACAGCUCCGGGUUAUUUUACGCGCUCCGGUCCGAGCUGUCGGAGGACGCAAUCCUGGUGGCCAACAACGGAAUACGCGUGCCUUUCGGAAGAUCGGUCUUCAUCGACCCCAUCAACGACCUGGUGGUUCAGACGCAGCCGGGAGACCGGUGCAGCAUCACCGUGCUGGACGACGACCCGCUCACACAGAGACCUGGGCACCUCUCUCCCAAAAAGUUUCCAUGUGAUUUUGGCCCGAGCGACGUGACAUAUUCUCACUAUGGCUCCAGGAGUCCGGCCAGGGACAGAGUGCGGCUGCAGCUCAGGUAUGACGCUCAAACCGAAACUGUUAUUAUCCCGUUCAUGAUGGAGGUGGAAGUAGUUUUUACGCAGCUGGAGUUACUCACCAAAAACGUGCCACUCACUGUUGAUCGUCUUAAAGGGAUUAGUAAUCCUAUCGAUAUGAAGAUAUUAGAGUUUACUUAUGAUAGAGUGAAUUACAAAUGCGAAGUGGCAUCCUUAUCCGGCGUCAGCACACUGCCCAGAUAUGGAAAACUCAUUGAUGGAGGUAAACUUUCCACUGUGAUGGACUGUGACGAAUUCAUACAAGCGGAAAUACGGUACGAGCACACGUUUAAUCGCAAAUCUCCAAACAGGGAUUAUGUUCCUAUGGUUGCAGAACUCCACGAUAAAGAAGGGAACCUGGUGAAGCAGGAGUAUUUUCAUCUUAUGGUUCGCAUCAGAGAUGGAGAGGAGAACACUCCCCCCAAACCCAGCUUUGUAACCAUGAUGAUGAUGGAGGUGAGCCAGUUUGUGAUGACAGCCCUCACCCCUGACAUGCUGGCUGCUGAGGAUGCAGAGUCAGACCCAGAAGAGCUUAUUUUUAACAUCAGUUCUCCCUUAUCUUAUGAAGAGGGUUACAUAGUCAGCACAGAUGACAGAAACCUCCCAAUCACCUCCUUCUACCAGAAAGACUUGCAGGAUUUGAAAAUAGCUUAUGUUCCACCCUCUCUGGACUCGGACACAGAAAGGAUUUUUCAGCUGGAGUUUGAGGUGAUAGACACGGAGGGGGCUGUCUCUGACCCUUUUGCUUUUAUGAUUGUUGUGAAGCCGAUGAACACUCUGGCCCCUGUUGUGACACGUAACACGGGUCAGCUGCUGUACGAGGGCCAGUCACGGCCUCUCAUCAGCACACACAACUUGGAGAUCAGCGACGAGGACAACCUGGACUCUGUCACAGUCACAGUGGUGGACGGCUUACGGCACGGGGGGCUCAUGGUGCUGGGCUCUCAGAGAAAAUCUUUCACACCUGCUGACCUCACAACGGGGGCUGUUAUCUAUCAGCAUGAUGGCAGCGACACAUACAGUGACAAUAUUGUCUUCAAGAUGACAGAUGGGAAAAAUGAAGUUGAAUUUCUCUUUCCCAUCACUAUUGUCCCCACCGAUGACGAGUCGCCAAUCAUCAAUGCAAACAUGGGUCUGGUGCUUUUCAAACACCAAACGAUUGCCAUAUCGCCUCUCGUGCUCAGUGCUGCUGAUAUUGACUCUGAAGACUCAACAAUUAAAUUUACCAUUAUUCCCCCUUUUUCCACAAUCGGCACAGUUCUCCUGCGACAGUCAGACGCCCCGGAGGACCCCUCCUCUUGGAAAUUUAAUGCUGAGGAUGAAAUGUAUGAGAAGGAGGUGACAGAAUGGCUUCAGAAAGACAUCACAGAUGGAAAGUUGUUUUACAGGCACACAGGCCCCCACAGCAUAGAAACAAUCAUGGAUCAGUUUUUGUUCACUGUUCAGGACGACAAUGACCCACCUAAUUUAUCUGGAGAUAGUAUAUUUGUAAUUCGUGUUUUGCCGAUUGAUGAUGUGUCCCCUGAGCUGUACCCCGGCACUACCCUGCAGAUGACUGUUGAGGAGUAUGAACUCACUCAAUUCACUAAAGAGGUCCUCCGUUACACUGAUGUGGACUCAGAGGAUCGUGACCUUAAAUAUACACUCAUCCAGGCUCCAACCGAUACAGAUGAAAAUAACCCCAUUGUAUUUGGAUCAUUAGUGUUGACAGAUCGUCCUGAUUCUGAAGUGGCAGAGUUUACACAAGCUCAAAUAAACCAUCAUAAGAUAUCCUACGCGCCGCCAAACAUGGAACUGGGAAUCACGGCCCACGUCGUACAGUUCCGUUACACCGUCGAAGACACGGCAGGGAACAGCGUAGAGGGGGUGUUCACAGUCUUUUUGCAGCCAGUCAAUAACAACCCUCCGCAAAUCACAAACACCGGUUUUACCGUGUUUGAAGGCGGAAUGCACAUUAUGACCGCUGCAGAGCUGGAUGCCCAAGACCUUGAUACAGAAAGCGAAAAGAUAACUUUUGCUCUGAGUCGACCACCUAAACAUGGCCAGAUUAAGGCUGCGUUCACUGACCUGGAGAAAAACAGGAUUUUCAAACUUGAUGAUAUCUCAGAGGGGAAAAUAUCAUAUAUUCACAGCGGGGAGGAGACAGUGAGCGAUGAUUUUCAGCUUGAUGUCAGUGAUGGGGUGCAUGUUGUGACUGUGACAGUUAAAGUUAUUGUAAAGCCCAUUGAUGAUGAAACUCCCUCCAUCAGCCUCCCCUCAGGAACAAUCGGGUCUCACAUGGAUGUGCUGGAAAAUGGUGUGGCAGAAAUCACAGCAAAUGUGAUUCAAGGCCAUGAUGAUGAUACUGAUGAUUUCCAGCUGAUGUUUAUUGUGGAAGAUCCCCCAGUCUUUGGGGAAAUAUUAGUUAAAGGAGUGCCUGCUGCAAGGUUUACACAAGCUGACAUAAUUAAUGGGGAGGUUAUGUAUGCACACACUGGUGGUGAGAUAGGUCUCUUCUCUCAGCAAGAUGGAUUUAAUUUGACCCUCACAGACAUGUCUGAUGAUUGGACAGUAGGGGGCAAUAUAGUCAGUGGAGUCCACAUACGAGUCACUGUCCUGCCUGUUGACAAUCAGGCCCCUGAGAUUGGAGUUGGGCUCCAGUUCAGCGUUAUUGAAGGAGAGAAAUAUGGUAUUGGCUCUCAGCACUUGAACGCUGAUGAUAAUGACACUCCAACAGAUGACAUCCUUUGCACUGUCAUUGUGCAGCCCAUUGCAGGCUAUGUAGAAAAUAUAUCCCCUGCUCCAGGCUCAGAGAAGUCAAGGUCAGGAACAGCUAUCAGUGCAUUUACUCUAAGAGACAUAAGGGAGGGAAAUAUCUUCUAUGUGCAGAGCAUUCACAAGGGGGUAGAGCCAGUGGAGGAUCGGUUCACGUUUAGGUGCUCUGAUGGCAUCAAUUUCUCAGAGAACCAUUUCUUUCCAAUCAUAAUCAUCCCAACAAAUGAUGAAAAGCCAGAGGUUUAUUUGAGGGAGAUAGUUGUGAUGGAGGGGAUGAACAUUAUCAUCGACCCUCCGAUUCUGAAUGGAGCAGAUGCUGAUUUUCCACCUGAGGAGCUGAUGUUCAUCAUCUCCAAACCUCCCAAACAUGGUGCCAUUUUAAAUCAGCUAUCCACGGGCUCUGUUUUGGUGUCUAACUUCACCUUAGAAGAGAUUAGAGAGGCGUCAAGUAUUAUUUAUGAGCACGAUGACUCAGAGACAACGGAGGACAGCUUUGAUAUCGUUGUGACAGAUGGAAAGUAUUCUGUGCAGAAAACAGCCGUUAUUAUGAUCAUCCCUGUUGAUGAUGAGACCCCCAGGAUGGCUGUCAAUGAUGGCCUGGAGGUGGAAGUUGGAGAGACGAAGGAGAUUAAUAAUAAAGUCCUCAAAGCAACAGAUUUAGAUUCUGAAGACAGCACGCUAACAUAUAUAAUCCGAUUUGGACCUGGCCAGGGUCUCCUGCAGAGAAAAACACCAUCCGGGUUUCUUGAGAACAUCACACUUGGCAUGAAUUUCACACAAUCUGAAAUUGAUGUAGGACUCAUAUUGUACACACACAAUGGACAAGAUGGCUUCAGAGACUUAAUCAAAUUUGAUGUGACCGAUGGAAUAAAUUCACUCAUAGAUCGUUACUUCUAUAUCACUGUGGGCAGUGUUGACAUCGUAUUCCCGGAUGUGAUCAGUAAAGGUGUGUCUCUAAGAGAAGGUGGCAGGGUGACUUUGUCCACAGAUCUUCUAAGCACCUCUGAUCUCAACAGUCCUGACGAGAAAUUAGUUUUUACUGUCACACGGGCCCCAGUCAGGGGGCACCUUGAGUGCACAGACACUCCUGGGAUACCCAUUGGAUCUUUUACCCAACUUCAGCUAGCAGGCAGCAAGAUUUUUUACAUUCACACCUCUGACGAUGAGGUAAAAAUGGACAGUUUUGAGUUUGAAGUCACAGAUGGGUACAAUCCCAUUUUCAGAACAUUUAGAAUAUCUAUUGUGGAUGUAGAUAACAAGAAACCCGUCGUGACUAUAAAUGGCCUAAUUGUCACUGAAGGUCAACUGAAAUUAAUCACACCCUUCGAGCUAACUGCUGAAGAUCAGGACACUGCUGAGAAAUUGAUUAAAUUUACAAUAACCCAGUUGCCUGUUCAUGGCAAGGUGCUGUACAACCAGUCCACACCUGUUGCCAGCUUUACAAAACAAGACCUCAACGAAAACCUCGUCAGCUACAAACACGAUGGAACUGAAACACUUGAAGACUCAUUCUCCUUCACUGUCACUGAUGGCACACACACAGACUUCUAUGUUUUCCCCAACACAAUUUUUGAGACAAGACGUCCUCAGACUAUGAAGAUUACAAUUAUGGCAAUAGACAAUGGCGUCCCUCAGAUUGUGGUAAAUAAAGGUGCAGCCACUUUGAAGAUUUUGGCCACAGGUCAUUUGGGGUUCCCCAUCAGCCCGAAAGUGUUAAAAGUGGAGGACAGGGACAGCAUCCCGGCCUCGGUGGUGUUCCACAUCACUACCCAGCCCAAACACGGCUACAUCGUCAACCUGGGACACGGAAACAACUCCAUUGAUGCCUUUAGUCAAGCUGAUAUCGAUGACCUGAACAUCUGCUAUGUACUGAGGUUUGAAGAAAAUGCUACUUCGGAUGUCUUUCACUUCUCUGUUGAGGAUAACGGUGGAAACAAGCUGAAAGGACAGCAAUUCCGCUUGGACUGGGCCUGGAUUUCCAUGGAGAAAGAGUAUUAUGUGGUGGACGAGGAAGACAAAUUCUUGGAGGUGGUGCUCCAACGAAGAGGAUAUCUGGGAGAGACGUCAUUCAUUGGCAUUGGCACACAAGAUGGCAGUGCAAGAAAAGAUGAGGACUUCAAGGGGAAGUCUCAAAGGCAGGUCCAGUUCAAUCCAGGACAGACGAGAGCGACGUGGCAUGUUCAGAUUCUGACUGACGAUAAGUACGAGCAAGCGGAGACCUUCCAGAUUCUGCUGUCUGAACCGGUGAUGGGAGUGAUGGAGUUCCCCAUCUCAGCAACAGUGGAGAUCCUAGACCCAGAUGAUGAGUCGACCGUGUUCUUUCCUGAACCAAUUCAUUCAAUAGAGGAAGAUGUUGGGGAGCUUUUCAUCCCCGUACACCGCAGUGGAGACAUAAGUGAGGAACUGAUGGUGGUCUGUUCCACACAGCAGGGUUCUGCCACAGGAACGAUCCCCACCACCGUUCUGUCCUACUCGGACUACAUUUCACGUCCCGAGGAACACGGCAGCAUCCUUCGAUUCGACAAAGGAGAGCGGGAGAAGACGUGUCGCGUGGUGAUCAUCGAUGACUCUCUGUACGAGGAAGUGGAGAGCUUCAGCGUGAUUCUGACCCUGCCUGUUGGAGGUCGGCUAGGAAUGCACUAUCCUACCACUACAGUCAGCAUCCUCAAAGACAUAGACGAUGCUCCCGUGUUUUACUUUGGAGAGGUCCAGUAUCAUGUGGAUGAAAGUGACGGCUAUGUGGAGGUCAAAGUAUGGAGGACAGGAACCGAUCUGUCCAAAACGGGGACUGUGACAGUCCGUUCUCGGAAGGUGGAGCGUGCCUCUGCUGAAGCUGGUGUUGACUAUGUGGGCAUAAGUCAUAUCUUGGACUUUGCCCCAGGUGUCAGCAUGCAGACAUUUAAGGUCACCAUUUUGGAUGAUAUGGGACAACCAGAGCUGGAAGGGGCCGAGAGCUUUGAGUUGGUGCUGAGAAUGCCAGUGAAUGGUAUUCUAGGAGAACCUAGAAAAGCCACAGUCUUCAUCAAUGACUCACAGUCUGACUUGCCGAAGGUCCAUUUUCGUGAACCGGUUUACAGCGGAGAGGAGAGUGAUGGUCAGAUAGCAGCAACAGUGUACCGCAGUGGUGACAUCUGGCACAAAUCCUCUGUUCGCUGUUACUCCCGUCAGGGCACCGCACAAGUUGCCUCUGACUUCGAGGAGCGUCCCAACACAGAUGCUUCUAUCAUCACUUUUUCACCAGGUGAGGUGGAGAAGCCGUGUAUCCUGUCACUGGUUGAUGAUGCAUUGUACGAGGAGGUUGAAGAGCUCAGGCUGGUCUUGGGGACACCAAAGAGCAGCUCACAGUUUGGCGCAUCAGUUGGAUCUCUUAAUGAGGCUCUGCUUAAAAUAAAGGACACAGCUGACAAACCAAUCAUUCGGUUUGCAGAAACCAAGUUCAACAUUAAUGAACCGAAGGAAACUGGGACUGUGGCAACUGUGAAGAUCCCUGUGGUACGAGUCGGCGACACAUCAAAAGUCUCAGUGGUUCGGGUUCAUACCAAAGAUGGGUCAGCCGUCUCAGGAAUAGAUUAUUACCCCGUGUCUCAAGGUGAACUUUAUAAACACCUUAGAAGUUGUUGUAGAAGUUGUUCUCCCGUGUUUUACUUUGGAGAGGUCCAGUAUCAUGUGGAUGAAAGUGACGGCUAUGUGGAGGUCAAAGUAUGGAGGACAGGAACCGAUCUGUCCAAAACGGGGACUGUGACAGUCCGUUCUCGGAAGGUGGAGCGUGCCUCUGCUGAAGCUGGUGUUGACUAUGUGGGCAUAAGUCAUAUCUUGGACUUUGCCCCAGGUGUCAGCAUGCAGACAUUUAAGGUCACCAUUUUGGAUGAUAUGGGACAACCAGAGCUGGAAGGGGCCGAGAGCUUUGAGUUGGUGCUGAGAAUGCCAGUGAAUGGUAUUCUAGGAGAACCUAGAAAAGCCACAGUCUUCAUCAAUGACUCACAGUCUGACUUGCCGAAGGUCCAUUUUCGUGAACCGGUUUACAGCGGAGAGGAGAGUGAUGGUCAGAUAGCAGCAACAGUGUACCGCAGUGGUGACAUCUGGCACAAAUCCUCUGUUCGCUGUUACUCCCGUCAGGGCACCGCACAAGUUGCCUCUGACUUCGAGGAGCGUCCCAACACAGAUGCUUCUAUCAUCACUUUUUCACCAGGUGAGGUGGAGAAGCCGUGUAUCCUGUCACUGGUUGAUGAUGCAUUGUACGAGGAGGUUGAAGAGCUCAGGCUGGUCUUGGGGACACCAAAGAGCAGCUCACAGUUUGGCGCAUCAGUUGGAUCUCUUAAUGAGGCUCUGCUUAAAAUAAAGGACACAGCUGACAAACCAAUCAUUCGGUUUGCAGAAACCAAGUUCAACAUUAAUGAACCGAAGGAAACUGGGACUGUGGCAACUGUGAAGAUCCCUGUGGUACGAGUCGGCGACACAUCAAAAGUCUCAGUGGUUCGGGUUCAUACCAAAGAUGGGUCAGCCGUCUCAGGAAUAGAUUAUUACCCCGUGUCUCAAGGUGAACUUUAUAAACACCUUAGAAGUUGUUGUAGAAGUUGUU